CCCCCCACCCAUUCGCCGCCCUCCAUUGCUGAGCCAAGGUCCUGACCCAGAUUGACAUGGGGAUUUGAGUGGAGGGGCUGGAUUGACAAAGUGUGAUGGAUCUCGAAAGUCAGUAUGCUGGUAGCUGUUGAUUCAAUAUUUGAUCAACAUAUUUUGUGGCUGUGACAUCUGGACAAGGGGGUAAAGAGCAACAUCAAGACAUCCGUCCACAUACGGAGUUCAGAGCGAGGCAGCCAAAUAACGGCCGGUCCUGUCCGGCUCCAUCGCCCACAUACAUUGUUCGGAACUGGGGACGAAGCUACCCAGACUCAGGCUCCCUAGAUAGAUCGAAGAGAGCCAUGGCGGACUGGUCGAAUCUUCCGAAGGAUGUUGUUCACGUGGUCGCCGACUUGCUGUUGGCAACCAACGAUGUCGACUGCUACGUUGACAUGAGGGCCGUCUGCCGCAACUGGCGAGUCACCGUCCCCAAGCCAACUCCACUGGGCGCAGGCGACGACGGCCGUUUUCGCCCACGUGAGUGGGUGAUGCUCGACGAGAAGGAGCCUGAGGAUGGCGUCGACGGCCGCCUCUUCCUCCACGUCUCCACGGGGCGCUUCGUCCGGCGUCGCCUCCCGUCCUUCGGGUUCGACUCUAGAAGUAAGUACAUCCUGGUUGGUUCCUCCGAUGGUCUUCUCAUCCUUGGAGAUCAAAAGGGCUUGCACGCCGCUCGUCUCCUCAACCCCUUCACUGGUGACAUGCUCUCCUUUGCUGCGCCGAUUCCUCGGGAACGCCAUGUCAUCGCUUCGGUGGCCGGCUCUAGCCCGACGAUUCUGUUCACCUUCAAAGACAUGUGCAACGACUGCACCGACAUGGUUUAUUGUGCUGAUGCUACUAGCCCGCUCUGUGAGGUGCAGAUCGAAGUCUUGGAAGACGAGGAUGUCUUCCUAAAAAGCAUAGUGUCCUACGCUGGUCACCUUUACGUGCUCGAUUGCGAAGGAGCAAUACACAAGAUCGUGGGCACAGCGCCAAAUUAUCACGCAGAGUUUAUUGCACAGACACAUGGUGAUUGUUCUUUCCGUGACUUCUUCCUUGCUGGGUCUGCUGGGGAACUGCUACUUGUUGCUCUUGAAUUGACGUAUACGGAAGAACAAGGACACCAAGACCCGGUGGAUGUCUUCAGAGUCAAUAUUGAGCAAAAAGUGCUAGAACCUGUCAGGAACAUUGGCAGCCAGGCACUCUUCCUUGGCCCAAGGUGUCUAUCUGUUGAUGCGGAUAAGCUGCCACACGUUGACCGUAACUGCAUCUACUACACUCUUCGGCUGCCAUUUUCCAACUGGGAUAGCAUCAACAGGUAUGACCUCAAGGACAGCAAGGUAGAGUCUAUUCGCUGCAUGUUGAAUCCUGCAACAAUCACAAGACAGAUGGUCCGUCCUUUCAGCCUUGCUCAGGCGCUCAUUGAAUACUGUGGGUACGAGGAACUUGAAGAUGUACCUUCUCAACUUCAACGUGUUCGCAAUACUAGAACACUUGAUAUGAUCCGCAAUGCCUUUCAGCCUCAGGAGUAGUUACUUGUUCUGCUGCAUGCACCUCUAAGCUUAGGACUGCCAUGUUUUAAGUCGUAGAAUCACUGAAAAUGUUGGCUUUCUUAUGAACUUAUGAAGUAAAAGUAUUGUAUGCAUUAUCUGUAAUGAAAAGUUGUUUGCAUGAGUAAUAUAUUAUCCUAUGUUGUUUGCUGUUUUA